CACAGCAUCCAAUCAGCGCCUUUGAUUUUGACACAACGCUCCGUGCAGCCAAUCAGAUUGUGGAGUAUUGCUACGUCCUUCAGCUAUUGCUUCCGUUCGUUCUCUCGUUUCCGGAAUUGCAGCGUGACCGACGUUUCGUGUCUUUCGCAGACUUAAAAAUGCGUUACGUGGCCGCUUACCUGUUGGCUGUACUGGGUGGCAACAACAACCCAUCCGCCAAAGAUAUCAAAAACAUCCUUGGGAGUGUUGGAAUUGAGGCCGAUGAUGAACGUCUUAACAAGGUCAUCAGUGAACUGAAUGGCAAGGACAUCAAUGAAGUCAUGAAUGCCGGCCUCUCUAAGUUAGCCUCCGUGCCAGCAGGUGGCGCAGUGGUGGUCUCUGCCGCAGCUGCUGGUGGUGGGGCCGCUCCUGCUGGGGAAGCACCUGCAGCGGAAGAGAAAAAGGAAGAGAAGAAAGAAGAAUCUGAGGAGUCUGAUGAAGACAUGGGCUUUGGCCUCUUUGAUUAAUCUUUCUUUUUACUUCUGACAAUAAAAAAGGAAAACAUUUUGUGUUAA